UUAGUGUGGCUUCGACAAACACGGUGUCGUAUCGGAGCGAGUAACAGCUGAAACGAGGCGAUACGAUAUCUGUAUAGUGACAGAUUUGUAUCUUGCUUAGAGACGUGUCACAUCAAAAAACAUUCUUUAACAUUUUAGCUAAGGUGACAUUACUUAAUGUGUCAUUAUUAGUGAGUUAACUUUACCGUAAAAACCUGGCGAAGAAGACCCCAUCAGGCGGCUCUGGAUUCAAGUCCCACUGUCGUUAACGUCAACUGUGUGGCGUCCUCUAAUCCUGGAUUUGGCUGCCUGUACAUUAAGUUUCCGCCGCAAUCAAUAAAUAUGGUCAUUCAUCUUUGGAGUGGUUCGCAUCCUCGGCUGAGUUGUCCCGUAUGAACCGGGUCGAAGCAGCGACGAGGGGUCGGGGGCUCCGCCAGCAGAGCGGGGCUUCAGGAUGAGGAUGCCCAGAGGAGGACGCUUGUUCCUGGCGAUGUGCCUCGGCUCGCUUCUGGUCCUCGUGCUUUACUUCCAGAGCAUCACCAAGCCAGAGCCCGGUGUGAAGACUGACAGCAGACCAGGGAAAAGCAGGAGAAGUCCACUGCAGACACUCUACAAUGGAGACCAGCAGCUGGAGCUGUCGGCAGCUCAGAGGUCCCUCCAAGGCCGCAGGGAGCUGUUGGAGCAGGCGUGUCUGAGCCACACGAGGAAGCGCCGGGUGCUCUCGCCUGAGGAUCUCAAACACCUCAUUGUGGACGAUAAACACAGCCUUAUUUACUGCUACGUGCCCAAGGUAGCCUGCACAAACUGGAAGCGUGUCCUCAUGGUCCUCACCAGUGACGGUCGUUACACCGACCCCCUCGCCAUCCCUGCCAACGAGGCGCACGUCGCUGGCAACCUCCGCACGCUUUCCGAGUUCUCGGUCCCAGAGAUCAACCAACGCCUUCGCAGCUACCUCAAAUUCAUCUUCGUGCGGGAGCCCUUCGAGCGUUUGGUGUCCGCCUACCGGAACAAGUUCACGCGCCGCUACAACACCGCUUUCCACAAGCGCUACGGAACCAAGAUCAUCCGCCGGCAUCGGCCCAACCCGGAGCCCGAAGCACUGCAGAAAGGGGAUAACGUUUCUUUCCACGAGUUCGUCCAGUAUCUCGUGGAUCCCCGGACCCAGCGGGAGGAGCCUUUGAACGAGCACUGGGAACGCGUGCACUCCCUCUGCCAUCCAUGUCUGAUCCACUACGAUGUAGUGGGCAAGUACGAGACUCUGGAGCCGGACGCUCAGGCUGUGCUCAGGUUAGCCGGAGUGGAGGGGACGCUUGAAUUUCCAACAUCCGGAAAGAGUACCAGGACAGACGGAAACAUGGCCGCACGCUUUUUUAAGCAGAUCAGUCCUUUCUAUCAAAAGAAACUGUUCAACCUGUAUCGCAUGGACUUCCUGCUCUUCAACUACUCCACACCAGAGUAUCUCAGGACUCGGUGAUUGGCAGAGAAUGAAGGACAGUCGUUAGUGCCAUGAAUGGAUCACAUCUCAUUUCAGUAAUGAUGUCUUUGCACUUUGUGGUCUAUCACAGACUCCUCACUACUACUCCCCCCCUCCCCAAAAAAAGACUACGGAGAACGAACACGGUUCAACUCUCUGGUAAAUGGAAGUGAAUUUCUUAGUGGGAGGGAAAAAAGACACAGUUUGUGCCGAAAUUGACCAAGAAUAUGUCACAUAUAGCAGAGCAGAAUCCAGACAGUGUAUUUUGAAAGUGCAGUUUAAUACAUUAACUUGUCGACAAGCCCUUUCCAUCAGGGCUGUAUCUUUAGUUAGAAUUCAGUAUUUAUUUUUUUAUUUACUUUUUUGUUUUUCCUUCUCUUGCCUAGAUGUUAGGUCGUCAAAUUGAGCAAAUCUUUCUUUGACGUGUAGUGUUUGUGUGUCUGUGUGUUACAUGUGGCUGUGGAGUCGUUGUAAUGUGCCUUACUUAACUUUGCUGUGCUGCAAUCCACAGUUAAAAAAAGGUUUCCUAUGGCUCUCCCCCCC